UGUUAAUUCACUCCGAGGGACCAAUCAACCUCCGUUUCUAAGAAGGUCUCUAUGCUCAGAUUAGCUGACUUUUCCGAUGGCUUCUCAAUCUUUUCCUCACGGAGUACGUAAUAAUGUAAAACCGGUGCCUUGGCGUCCUGUCCUGGGUUUGUUCCUGCCUUGCAUAAGCGGCUUUAGAAGAUGGAUGAAUACACAGCCCGUUCAAGUUAAGCCUGUGACGACGGCCCCCGCUGUUAAUCGUCCCGUUUUAAGACGUUCGGCUGGGUCAAUUCGGAUUUAGAGGCGGCGAAUGUGAAGUUCCAGAGCGCACACUGCGCACCGGCGUUUCCGACGAGUAACGAAUCAGCGAGUGCCUUGUGCCCGCGUUCCCGUCACGUGCUUACUUGUAGUGCCAGGAUGUAAUCUGUCAGGGUCAAUCCGGCUCGAAGCGGUGCUCGCCCUGCGCGGCGCUAUACAAUACACCGAUCCCCUGGCCGGGCUGCUCACACUUACCACGUGGCCGGUGUUUUCAUCCCGUGAGUUGUCGCGAGACUGCCGAGCCUGCGGGAGUCCUUAUUAGAGCAGCCCGGGCAGCUCCGGCGCCACUUGCUCGUAAUCUCAUGUGAGAGCCGUUAGCUGAGCUCACCUGCCUAGGCUGGCCGAGUUCACCGAUGGCCGCGCUGACGCUGACCUGCAACGGGAGGCUCAGGAGAUUCCUCAGAGAGCAGAAACUCUGCCCGAUCUGCGACCAGUUCGUCUUCGAAAGUGACUUUAUUGAGGUGACGGAGGCCGGGAGGAGGUCGAUAAGCACGGACGGGACGACAGUCAUCACGGUGGGCAUCAUUUCGUCAGACUCCAACCUCCCGCUGCCAGACGCCAUGCUCGUGGCCACGUACACCACGGAGAGCAGUUGGGCCGUGGGAAGGGCGGGGCUAACCGAGGCGAAUGAGGGGGAUCGGGGGAUGCAGGAAGCUGCUGGUCCCGGGGUGCCCGAUGGCAUGAGGCUCAAGAGCCUGCUGGCCCUGGAGGCCGUCAAGCUGUCCGUCCUGAGCACCGAGUGGCAGCAGCUCAAAGUGGAGCUCCCCAACAAGCUGGAGUACCGCCUGCAGCUGCUGGUGCCCGAGGGGCUGGAGAAGCUGGUGUUCAACAUGUGGGUGGCACUGCUCAACAGGUUGAGUGAUGCGAACCCCAUGGAGCAAAAGAAGGUGGUGAGCCCCCCAGAAGACAUGGUGAAUGCCCACGAGAACGUGAUCCUGGAAAGCAAAUUCGCUGAGGUCAAUGAGGAUGGGCAAACGUCCAGCAUCCGUGCCAGCCUGCCAGUGGUCAGUGUGCUCGUGGUGUCGACCAAUCCGUUCUUAUCCAUGCCUGACCUCAUGCUGGUGGGUCUGCCCACGAACGGGCGACAAGAUAGAGAAGAGCCGGAGAGCCGGUGCCGCCCGUGGGAGGACAGGAGUCGCUACAUGGGCACCGAGCUGAGCAGGUGCCUGCCCUUUAGUGAAAUGAAACUGAGCGUCUACAGCGAGGAGCGGCAGCAGCUCAAGGUAGCGCUGUCCACCGGUCAGGUGCACUACCUGCGGCUGCUGGCCGCUCCACACCGGCGCGAGGUCCUCUUUGACCAGUGGAUCCAGGUGGUCAACAAACUCAACGAAGUGGCACCUCCUGAAGAGGAGGAGGAGGAGGAAGAGGAGGAGGAAGACAAAGAGAAGGAGGAGAUGACGGCGGAACCUCACGAAGAGGAGGAGGAGGUGAUGGCGCUGCCUCUUGUGAAACGAAAGGACAGCAAAGAGGCGGAGCUCCUCAGCAGGGAAGAGGAAGAGAAAAGGGAGGAGUCUCCCGAAAAGACGACUUUGGAGAAAAAGGCGGAGCCUCCCGCUACUAAGAAAGAAGGGGUAAAGGUGGGGGGUAAGGCUGAGCCCCCUGGUAAGAGCAAGGUAGGGACCCCCAUAAAGGAGGCUGCUGCAGCGUCACAAGAAGAAGCUGCACAGUCACAGCCGGCGAUUGUCCAGGCGAGACGAGAACUUCCCAAGCUCCCACCAGAGGCCAAAAAAGGUGCUGAUAAAAAGAAGGGCAGCAAAAAAGGAUCGGGCGAACGUGGCGGGUCAUUCAGUCAGGACAAGAAGAAGAAAGCGACCCGCCUCAGCGUCUUCAAAAAGAAGAAGUAAGAGUGAGAAACCCGGGGAGGAGCCUCCCAAGCCAAGGUGGGCCACCCAAGCAGCUGGGCAUUGGCGGCUCGCCACACCUUGUGACUUACGCCUGCCUUGGUGGUCCAGCAGCACACGCAGGGUGGCAGAGCCCCCUAUUGGCCCCCUGCAGUCAGUGUCUCUUUCACCUUGACGUCAGUCUGCACCUCUGACAGCUUUAUUAGAACGACAAGGUGCUAUAUAGACACCCUCUGAUUAAAGGGGCCAAGAGGAGAGUCGAGGACCCUGCCCUGCCUCAUGAUGUCACUGAGAGCUGGCCGGCUGUGUGGCAAUCGAGGAGUGCGCCCCCUACAGGAACAGUUCAGGACUGCAUAAAAAGCGAGACGGCACAUUAGAGGUGGGUGGCAUUGUCUGUGAUGGAUAAGAAAUAAAUAGAAAUGAAACUUAUAACAAUAAGAAAUAAAGACGUCCGAGAGCCCACCCACCCAGCCACCCCCUUCUGUUUGUAUUCAGCUGGACAGGCGGCAUUAGGUGGGCCAUUCGCCUGCCCUGUUAAAGCCAAAUAAAUAAAUAGAAAAGGAACAUAAAAACAAUUCAGAGAGGAUUUUUGAGAACUGCUCAGCGCUCUGCGCCUGCCCUCCGUGAAGAGCGAAAAGUCACAAUUGGCGUAAGCCCACCUAAUGCGGGGAGUUCAGAAGAAACGGAAGGAUUUAGGGCCUGACAAGCAGGAAAUGUUUGAAAUGUUCAGACUUGUGCGUCGGUUUAAAAGGUUCAAUAACCUCGAUUGUCAUAGAGAUGUGUCAUUUGGGUGGUCCAUGGGGGGGGCUUUUAGUAACUUCGGAUUCAUAAUCCCUGACCUGUGUCACUUUGGUCAUUUUGGACGAGGACCACCUGUGAAGAAUCAAAAUACCCAAAAUGAAAUCACAGAAAACGACACUCCGCACGACUAGAUGAGCGAUGCCCAUUUUAAUGAAGGCUUGAGACCCCCUCGUAUCCCCCAGGGUCCACCGAUUCCCAACUUCAAGUGUUUCUGAUCAUAAGGGGGGAUUGAGAAUACAAAGGGACCCCAGAGAAGCUGGACGUCUUGUCUAACCGGACAUGCAGAUGACAAGUCCAGUGGUCUUUCCACUUGGGGGGUCUCCUCACUCCAGUGAGUCAGCAGGCGGCGGACAUCGUUUCAUUCAUUCACAGGAAUGCAGUGAGACGGCUUGUCGUGUUUUAUUAAGGGAUCCUCAACAGCAACGACCGCUGGUCACUGGGAGAGAGCGCCCCCUAGCAGCAGGAGGCGCACAUUAAACAAAGCAAGUUAGCGGUGGGCCUCAAUGGCCGGGAAAAGCAAGAAUGAAAGAGAAAAUGAAAUUCAAAUGGUAACAGUAAAAGAAAUAAAGAUGCCCGCAGCUGGUAUUGAGCCAUCGCCAGACGAGGGAGCCAAUCAGGGUGGGCCGUUGGCUUUAAAAGGCAAUCAGCUCUCAUGGCGUUCAACUUUGGCUCAAUAAAUACAUAGAAAAGGAAAAGAAUAAAUUCUAACACGAUGAGAGCAUUAUUAAGAAAUCUAUUGAUGCUUAAAGAGAACAAACCCAAAUCAUGCCAGCCCUCCAAAAGCAGACCACCAGUGUGGUGACCCAUUCAGGCCUCCUGUUUUGUGUCUGUGAGCCGUGUGGCCCCCUAGUGGCUCGCAUGUUGCAUUUCAAGUAUUUGUGGGUUCAGUUUGUUCAAAACAUUGUAACCUGUAGGGGGCACAUGCACCUUAACACCCUAGGGCACCAAGAGAGGGCAUACUGGGGUUGUGCCAGGAUGUGACCUAGUGGCAUAAUCUGGCCAGGACCCCCUCAUAUUAUACAAUGCCCCCUCCACUCUGUCACUGUCACUCUCCGUCGGGCUCUUUGAUAUCCCUCCAUUGUGGUGGCCUCCUUGGUGACUUUUGCUGAGCCCAGUCGUGCCCGGGUUGCCAGUCCAUCGCAUGGCAUACGCUGUGCACACACUUAUUAGGUAGAUCCAAAGUCAAACCUGAAUGUUUAACGAAGGACAAGCAAGGUGGGGUGCCAGGUCAUUCGGUCAGCCAAGCAGUGCCAGUGAAUUAGCAUCAUGUGUCGUGCACAAAGGUCACGUCCGUCUUGAACGCUAGUGAUAUCUUCAUGUCCCACCUCUUGAAGAAAUGGCCAGUAGCUUCGGGCGUUGAUUUGUCAGCCCAUCUUCAACCUGGAAGGGUCCAGAUAGGUCAUCCUUAGUGAGAGCAGCCCACACCAGUAGGCCUCCCCCACCUCACUGGUGCCCCGUACCCAUUAGUGACCACCCGCGGGCCCAGCAGGAGUCUCCCUCAGUUUAUUAAACCUCUGGAAGACGAGGUUAAGGAUUUCCACACGAGCUUCAACUAGGGGGUCCAGCAUAUCGGUGGCGGGAGUGGCACAUGGCGAUGAGGCGUCGUUUACUUUGUGGGAACGCGACGUGAGGGGGGAACACCAGGAUGGCAGCAGGUCCAGUGAAUCGUCCACCAUUGUCCCUGUGCCUGCCCGCACGACUCUCAACCUGUCACACUGACCCCCAUACGCUCUUCCCUGCCCUAACCACUGAUGCCAUCACUGCCCACACGUCUUCUGCUUCAGCAGAUCCAUAGAGGAUGCCAUCACCUCGAACCUUCAGGCCCACCUGGGCAACAGGAUAGGGAAUUCUGUGCGAAUGCCACUUACAGACCGUAGUUUGGCAUUUAACAACAUAAACCCCACCAAGCCCUGGACCCCGCAACUGAACACUUCACGGGGUCUGAACGUCUUGAUGGGAAGACCCCAGGUGGGUUUAAGUGGGUGGGCACUCCUCAUCAACCCUCACCUUCAACACAGGGGGCUCCACAGGGCUGUGGGCCGAGUCCUCUGCUGCGCCAGCUUCAUGGUGGCACAUCACGGUUUUGAGUUUGCUGAAGACACAGCUGUGGUCGGCCUGAUCUCUGCCAACAAUAAACAGGCUUACCUGGACAAGGCUGGUGGGCACACUGGCAUCAGGAAGGCAGCCCACUCCUGUAUGUGAAGCUGAUCGAUUGUGGAGGAAACAUCAGAAGUGCCACCGCCGCCUCAGUAUCCAUGGUGACCAGGUGGAGAGGGCGGGCCGCUUCAGAGAGGAGCUGACUGCUGGCAUCGUACCCCCUGUUUACAUUGGGGGGUUUUAAGUGCCCGCCAUUCUGCUCUUUGUUGCUUGUCUCUUUUCUGUGCUCACGUUGCUGUGUUAUUAACUGUCAAUAACGCGCGUUUCACCAAAUUAAAAUAAAGUUUAGUAAACACCCCCUUGUUGAUCUUCCAGACGUGUCCCACUGGGGGGUCCGCUUGAUGUAAACUCCUCACAAAACACACCUGAGCACAUCUGGGAACCUUCAGCCACCAAAACACUUCACUCGUCACCCAAAGGUGAUUCCAUACCUACUGCA